CUGCUAUUUCUGGCAUAACUUUCAGCUCAUUCCUGUGACAGCCAGAGCCAGAUAUAAAGGAAUAAAGUUUUAGUAAAAUACUUUAUUAUCGAAUAAUAAUUCAGGCGAUUAAGACCUUGAUACAGCCCUGUGGAAUGAUAAAAAUAGCAGACGACAGUGCGCUGCGGUUCGGCGGCUCCCAUCCCACCUCUUCGCGGUGCCUGGAUGUGAGUGUGGAUAAGGAUUCGCAAUCCAUUUCAUAGUUUUAUCGAAGUUUUCUCGAAGCGCGAAACAUUUACGAACGACGAACCUACGAAAAUGGCCGAGAUAACGGAUUUCGGACCGAGAAAGACGAUUUUUAUACUUGCGAUCGUGGUCGGCUGCUUUGCGGUGUUAUGGCCGAAAAUUUUCUACCCUAUGCUCACAGCAACUUACACUCAUCACCCCACAUCAGAUAGCUCUGCGUGCUGUGAAGUAAUAUUUGAAAGUGAUGUUACUGCAGUGGACAUAAUGCAAGAAAUGUGUCAAAACAUAUUGAGGCAUCAUCCAGUCGAUCCACGUGUAAGAGAUGCGUUAAAACUUAGUCAGCUGACCCCUCAAUCAGCAAACUUAUGCAGAGAGGAGGUUCUAGCCAGAUGUGGCAUAGACUUAUCAUCUUUUCUUGCUGAAAGGGAACAGUUGGGAAAAACCUAUAAACAAGUGUUAGAGGAAAUUAGAUCAUUCAAUAGCUCCCUUUGCCUUAAGAUGAAUUUUGGUGUACCACUGUCACAGUUGGGAACACCUCAUCUUAUCAGAUACCAUAUCUUGAUGCCACACAGUACAAUACGACAGGAGCGUCGUACUCCUCCUCAUGCAGGCGGGAUGCAUCCUGCGAUGAGAGAGCGAGGAAGGGCGAUACCAUCCUCUCACAUUGUACCAAAGAUAGUGGACAGAGCUGAUCACAUUAUACCAAAAAUGAGGCCACCUCUUGGCGGUGCUGGUCAUGUUGUCCCAGCUGCCAAGGGGAAUGGCACAAUGGGGAUUAUAAUGCCACUGUACACGAUAGGAAUAAUUUUGUUUUUCGUAUACACCAUUGUUAAGGUUUUGAAAAAGAGUUCGGAUAGCGAAAUUAUUUCGGAAUAUCCAGGGGCAGCUGCCGAAAAGGAAUUUCGAAAAAUGGUGUUCAGUCCAGAAGCUUUCGCGACUGCAAUGACUGGGGGUACGCUACAUUAUCCGCGUGAAAGGUCACCACACAUGACUGCACCAACUAUAGAGGAGUUGAAGGAUCAAGCGGCAGGAGACAUAGAGAUAGAUCAACUGAGACAACGUUUGGUCGAGACGGAAGCAGCCAUGGAAAGAAUUGUUGUCCAGAUGGGCAACAUAUCACGUUCAGUAAUGCAAAACUCGGGCUCACAGCCAGAAAUCAAGGAGGAUACUGCAGGCCAGGAAUCACCUAGUAGAGAAGGUGAAGAGUUAGACGCAGCAGAACAAUCACCAACAGUUAAAGUUAUGGGUAUGGAAAUGACAGCUAGUUGUGAAAGUGGACAGAAAUGUAGCAGACCUACUACUCCAAUUAUUCCUACACCACCAAGUAAUCUUGAAAGAGAAAAAACCCCACCAAAACCCAUUUAUUUAGAGGGCGCGCUUCCGUCACAGUGUGAAUUACUUGUAACCGAUUCAGAAACUCAAGCAGAAAAGUCAGAGGAUGACGAUGACGCUCCUGUUGUUCUCUCAGGCAAAAUGACCCUUUCUCUCAUCAGUCUCGACCAGAUUCCAGCUGAUUUGGAGGAGAAAAGAGAAAACAAAAAAAAUUUGGAUAUCCAAGGAGAAGUUGCAAUUGAUAAGAAACAAAAAGGAGACGAGAAGAAAGUGGAAGUAGAGGAAGCAAAAAUCGUAAGCGGAAUCGUGAAAAGUAUGGAGGAGAAAAAAGAGGAAUUAAAAGAGGACGAAGAUGAACAAGGGAUUAAUGCCGAAGAAGAUGACGUUGAAGAAGAUGUUGAAGAAGAUGUUGAUGAAGAAGAUGUUGAUGAAGAAGAUGCUGAUGAAGAAGAUGCUGACGAAGAAGAUGCUGACGAAGAAGAUGCUGAUGAAGAAGAUGUUGUUGAAGAAGGUGUUGAUGAAGAAGACGUUGAUGAUGAAGAAGAUGAUGAUGAAGAAGAAUAUGUUGCUAAAGAAGAAGUUGUUGACGAAGAAGAAGAUGUUGAUGAAGAAGAUGGAGAAGAUGAAGAAGAAAAAGACAACGACAAACGGUAUAGGGUAUAUGCUGACAAGGCUUUGGAUAGUGAUGAGAAAAAUUAAAACGAAAAAGAAAGCGAUGGAAUUAUCACAGAAAGGAAAGACGAGGAAGAGAAGGAUGAUACUGACGAGAAAUAUGAAAAAA